CAUAUAAACCACCCUGUUGCCCAAGAGAAAUAAUAAACCACACUUUGAGUCACUGUUUUUUCGUGCUUGCUUUAAUAUGGAAAAUAUUACUCCAGAGCUUGCAUUACCAGGAUUUCGCUUCCACCCCACUGAAGAAGAACUUGUCGACUAUUACCUGAAGGAAACCGCCUUGGGUAAAAAAUUGCAUUCCGAUAUAAUUGGUUUUCUCAACAUUUAUAAACAUCACCCUUGGGAUUUGCCAGGUUUGGCAAAGAUACGGGAGAGAGAGUGGUAUUUCUUUGUGCACAGAGACAAAGAGAGUGGUCGUGGGGGGAAGCCCAAGAGGACAACUGAGAAGGGCUACUGGAAGGCAACUGGGUCUGACCGUCAAAUCAGAAGUCUCAAGGAGCCCAAGCAGAUAGUGGGCUUCAGAAAAACUUUGGUUUUCUACACAGGGAAAGCGCCGAAAGGCUGCAGAACUGAUUGGGUCAUGAACGAGUACAGACUCUCUGACACUUCCUUCCCUACGGAUGAUAUAGUACUUUGCAAAAUUUACCGAAAAGCGACAUCGUUGAGGGUGUUGGAGCAAAGGGCAGAAGAACAUCAUGCCAGGACGACCUCUCAUAUCUUUUCCUCUUGCGUUGCUCAAAUUAAUUUUGAUACGCCAUCAUCCCAGCAAGACCUUGAUUAUGGAGCAGAGUGGGAAGAGGAAUUGGAAGCAGCAGAAAAAUUAGAAUGGGAGAACGAAGCCGAUAUCACUGAACUGUUAGUUAGAGUUGGAUCCAUGAAAGAGAAGCUGCAGCUGUCAGCUGAGCUCAGCACGGACUGGACAUUAAUGGACUUAAUGUAGGCUCAGCCGAGAAGUCCGAGUUCUUAUGUCUUGAAAUGGUAUUUGGUAAUUAGGCAUGCAUGCUAUUAUUGCUUUGUAACUCUGUAUCUUCAAUUAGUGUAUUAAUGCUGUAACCUUUAAUUAGCCUUUUAAUGUGAUUGUCUUCUUUAAAAUUCAAACAAUUUUAUGAUACUAUAUAUUUGUAGUUGAAAUUAAAACCUAUCUUUAUGAAGCCGAUCGAGCCCACACAAAAUACCAUAUAUUGCUACCUUAGGCAAAGAGGACUAGCAAGAAAAUCACGUUUGUUGACCAUAAAUUGCAGUACUUCUAUGUUGACUAGGAAGUUUCUA